AAAGGCAUUGCAGGAGACUUGAAUUACACACUAUCCCAGGCUGGGAGGUCCAGGACUGUAGAGAGACCUCGUUAGGGCUCUGAUAGCCUCUGGGGACAGGAAGCUGAGUGUGACACAUGCUUAGCUCACCAAGGUAUCUGUGCUGAAGUGUCCCCAGUGCUGUGAGCUAGAUAGUAUGUGGGGUGUGUGUUGGGGUAGAGGCCGGUAGGACUCCUGGGGAGCCCCACAAUCCCAUUUUGGCCUCCUGCUCAACCAUCCUGGCAACAGCUCUUAUGGAACCCAGUAGGAGCGGGGAGGGGAGGGGCAGAAGAUUUGGUCACCAAGGGGAGCCCCGCCCCCUUCACAGAGGUGGCCAAGGCUGGGGUUGCAGAAAGACCUGGAACUGGGCUGGCCCUAGGGGAAGGCAAUGCCGCCAAAAACAGUGCUUGGCCUGGGCCUUUGUCGUGUGCGCCGCGACACUCCAGCCUUUCUUAGGGACGGCUCAAGUACUGCCUACUGGAGGCCUAGCCUUGAAGUAGCCAAGACCUCUGAUUCCCCACCCCCAUCGGGUUGAGGCCCAAGCCUUAAAGCAGUUCCUCAAUUUUAGCCUUGGUUUUAUGUGUUUGUGCUAUAACCAGUCCAGGGCCUAACCGUUCCCCAAGUGUUCCUGAGGGUCUCAGGAACUACAGCUGUUCCUCUUCCUUGUUCCUGUCACCCACCCUGUGGGUCUCUGAUUGUGCCAGGCCCUUCUCUUUGGUCCACUCUCUUGAGUCUCUAGAAGGAUGAUGGAGUACAACAGUCACCUCCCCGCUGAAUACUUAGUUCUUCAUGGCUGCCCCUCCUGCCACCUUCUCUGUACGCCACUCUCCUCUGCUCUGGAGUCACUGAAUGGAAUAGCACAUUAGGCACUGGGGACACGUUUCAUAGAGCCCUUGUUGUCAAGGUGUGUGACAUAAAGAGUUCCCCGAGAGGACCUGAGAAAAGUUCACUGCCAGGCUGAAUGAAGGACCAGGGAGUUCUUUUGUGGUUACAUUGGUUCCCUGCCUCCUUUCUCCCCAUAUUUUCUAGGCUUGGUCUUUGUGUGAGAUCCCUCUCCUAGGUUCGUUCUCUCUCUCUCUCUCUCUCUCUCUCUCUCUCUCUCUCUCUCUCACUGACUUCAAAAGAGAGAGACCUAAGAUCCUAUGAUUUUGAGGAAUAGGGUGUCCCUCUUGGGCCUCUGACAAGCCAUAUCAUGCCAAGUUCAUCAAUCACAGGGAGCCAUCAAAGAGGCGAUCCCAAGACAGAGAGGUCUGGGGAGGUGGGAAAACCUGCUAGCAAUCACAGCUGGCUCUAAGGAAAAGGGGAGCAGCCAGACAUAGUUCUAGAUUCUGGAAGUUAUGUGCUCUGUUCCAGGUAGGUCAUGUGGUCCUGGGCUGAAUCUGGAUUGAGGAGCAAUUGGAGCUGGACAGAACACCCCUCCUGUAACUCCAUCUGGCUCAACAGAGCUAGAGACCUCCAGUUCCCACCCUGAGACUCCCUUCUGGCUCCCUACCCUAGAAGGUUGAAUGCUCUGCCUCCCUGUUUACCCUGCUCACACUGAGGGCAGGGACCAGAGGGGAACCAGUGAGGUCAGUUCUUAUUAGGUACAGUAGUGGGGAGCCAGGCUCCACCCCACGGAAAUUAUAGCCUCCUGCGACCACGGCUUGGGAACCUCAGGACAGGAAAGACGUCCUCUACAAGCAAUAGGUCAGUUGUGGGGCUGCAGUGCGGCUCCCCCAUUAAAGCUCCAUUUCUGAGCUUGAAUGUGGUGGCGCUGCAGGUGCUGCAACCCCUGCCCUGCUGCCCGCCCCCCCCCCCGCGCCCCAACCUUCCCGGGCCAAGAAGAUAACUUGGUUAGUUAGGAUGGACUACAGUGAAGCAUUGAGACUCCAGAGGCCAGUGCCCCCAUCCAAGUACCUGGGGUUCUCAGUGGGGAGCAUGAAAGGUUAUGGGGGCUGGGAAAAGAGAGGGGAGGACUGCAGAUCUCAGCUUGGGAGCAGAGCGGGGGAAGGGCCGGGACUCCCUUCCAGCCUCGAGUCUGGGGGCUCAGGGAUAUAAGGGAGAACAGGGGUGUGUGUGUGUGUGUGUGUGUGUGUGUGUGUGUGUGUGUGACAAUUCAGCAGAGGUCGGGACGUACCACGGAGCCCAGUAGCGGCAGGGAGGGGGGGCGGAGGACGUGGUCACCGAGGGGAGCCCCCGCCCCCUUCACGGAGGCCGAGGCUGGGGUUGCAGAGAGAACUGGAACUGGGCUCGCCCUAGGGGAAGGUAGCGCGGCCAAUCCGUCCCCUCCCCACACCCUACUCCAAGGGGGUGGGCGAUAGAGAAGAGGUUGGGGUUGGAGCAGCGGUGAGGGGGCCCCUCCCUGGCACCUCCCCCCACCAGACUUGGUCGCGCCCGAAGUGUAACACUUUCUCUUUGUCGGAGGAGCUCCUCUGUUUCCUGUGCAGCAGCUCCCGUUGCGGAGGCACCCGUAGCAGCCCUGGCGGACGAAGGAGCGAUGGCAGCGGCCGAUAUAGCUCGCCAGGUGGAAUCUUUGUACAACUGUGUGAAAUUCCACUGAACAGAGGUGGUUGCGGGCCUGUGGUAGAUUGAUGAUUUUAGUGAUUCGCGGUCAUGAACACGGUGCUACCUGCUAGUCAGGAUAGCAAGGGCGAAGGUUGCCGAACUGUCCCCCUGGCUGGACAUGUGGGGUUUGACAGCUUGCCUGACCAGCUGGUGAAUAAGUCAGUCAGCCAGGGCUUCUGCUUCAACAUCCUGUGUGUGGGGGAGACAGGCUUGGGCAAGUCCACCCUCAUGGAUACCCUGUUCAACACCAAGUUUGAGGGGGAGCCGGCCACCCACACACAGCCAGGUGUUCAGCUCCAGUCCAAUACCUAUGACCUCCAGGAGAGCAACGUGGGGCUGAAGCUCACGAUUGUGAGCACCGUGGGCUUUGGGGACCAGAUCAACAAAGAGGACAGCUAUAAGCCUAUAGUGGAAUUCAUAGAUGCACAGUUUGAGGCCUACCUGCAGGAGGAGCUGAAGAUCCGGAGAGUACUGCACACCUACCAUGACUCCCGAAUCCACGUCUGCUUGUACUUCAUUGCCCCCACAGGACAUUCGCUUAAGUCUCUGGACCUAGUAACCAUGAAGAAGCUGGAUAGCAAGGUGAAUAUCAUCCCCAUCAUUGCCAAGUCAGAUGCCAUCUCUAAGAGUGAGCUGACAAAGUUCAAGAUCAAAAUCACCAGUGAACUUGUGAGCAAUGGAGUCCAGAUCUAUCAGUUCCCCACGGAUGACGAGUCAGUGGCUGAGAUCAACGGAACCAUGAAUGCCCACCUGCCGUUUGCUGUCGUUGGCAGCACAGAAGAAGUGAAGAUAGGCAACAAGAUGAUGAGGGCGCGGCAGUAUCCUUGGGGGACUGUGCAGGUUGAAAAUGAGGCCCACUGCGACUUUGUGAAGCUGCGGGAGAUGCUGAUUCGGGUCAACAUGGAGGAUCUGCGGGAGCAGACCCACACCCGGCACUAUGAAUUGUACCGCCGCUGUAAGCUGGAGGAGAUGGGCUUCAAGGACACCGACCCUGACAGCAAACCAUUCAGUUUACAGGAGACAUAUGAGGCGAAGAGGAAUGAGUUCCUAGGGGAGCUCCAGAAAAAAGAAGAGGAGAUGAGACAGAUGUUUGUCCAGAGAGUCAAAGAGAAAGAAGCUGAGCUCAAGGAGGCGGAAAAAGAGCUGCAUGAGAAGUUUGACCGUCUGAAGAAACUGCACCAGGAAGAGAAGAAGAAGCUGGAGGAUAAGAAGAAAUCCCUGGAUGAUGAAGUGAAUGCUUUCAAACAGAGAAAGACAGCAGCUGAGCUGCUCCAGUCUCAGGGUUCUCAGGCUGGGGGCUCGCAGACUCUGAAAAGGGAUAAAGAGAAGAAGAAUAAUCCAUGGCUGUGUACUGAAUAGUAUGCCCUGCUACAGCUGGACUGGACUCCACUUAGCCUUUUAAGAGAAGGUUCUUAUUUUAACUGACAACUUUUUUUUAAUGGUGCCAGACAGCUGGGCCCUCCACCCCUGCUCUGGUACUUAAAGCUUCUCUCUCUCUCUCUCUCUCUCUCUCUCUCUCUCUCUCUCUCUCUCUCGCGCGCGCGCGCUCUUUUUUUUUUUUUUUUGAGUUCUGCAACUUGCUUCUGCCUUCCAGUCCGACUGGCGUGGACCAUGACCUUCUUCUUUUUUCAUAUUUUAAAGGUGGUUGUAUAAUCACUACCUCUAAAACACGCAAGGUGUUUCGGAACUGUUGCAAAAGGGCAGAGCUAUUCUCUACAAUCACAGUUAACACCUGGAAGCCAAGACUAAGCCCAGAGCAGAACUAGUUGAAAGCGAACAAGUCAAUGUGCACACUUUCUCUGUUUUAUGGUCAAAGAGAGGCAAUGUUGAUAUGUACUGGCCUGUGGCCAGAGGCAAGAACAGGGUGACAAUGGGAAAGCAUGAGCUAAUUUCUUGGGAAAAAUCAACUAGAAGUAGAGAAAUUCAGGUAACCCUAUGCCUAGAGCUAAAACAGAACAAGGCACCUCCACCAAAACAGAAAGCCCAAAGAAGAAUCCCCAAAUACCUUUGGUUACACAGUCAGUAGUCGGGGGAGUCAGGCUACUGAGUUAACUGAGUCUCCUUGAGAAAGAUCUCUUAUUUGUAGCCAUGGGGUUCUGUGGGUUGGUUUUUUUUUUUUUUUUUUUUUUUUUUUUUUUUUUUUGAGACAGGGUUUCUCUGUGGUUUUGGAGCCUGUCCUGGAACUAGCUCUUGUAGACCAGGCUGGUCUCGAACUCACAGAGAUCCGCCUGCCUCUGCCUCCCAAGUGCUGGGAUUAAAGGUGUGUGCCACCACCGCCCGGCGGCGGGGGUUUUUGUUUUUAAGACAGGUUCUUACUAUGUAGCCCUGGCAUCACAGCGUAGAUUAGGCUGGCCCUCAAAUUCACAAGAGAUCUGCCUGCCUGCAUUUAAAGGCAAACACCAGCUAACGUGCGGACCCAGCUGUUUUAGGCAUCUUAACUCACCUUUGCAAUUGUAUAUAAAUUCACUACUUGAGGCUUGAGGAUUUCAAAAUACUUUGCAAGUAUUUGAGCUAGACCACUUUUCAAAAGCAAGGAGGAAUUGUAAUAAGGUGGGAACUUUUUGGCCAGCAUGGAUGAUGUAACCCCUACGAGGAUAUUGACAUGUAAAGAAAUGAAGGCACUUAUCUGAGGUUCCACUGCUAUUUCUUGGCAAAGUCCAAGCAAAAUUUUGUCUUUGGGUUCCCAAUCCAUUUCAGCAAAGGGACCCAAGUAUUUAUGUAUGUUCCUGAAGGCAAUUUUUUUUUUUUUAUGUUCAGAGAAAUCAGUCAUUGUUAGAGGAGUCUUGAGGGUUUUCACAUAGAAGAAUAGGAUAGGAUGGAUAGGGGCAGGUGGAGAGAAGACUUCAGGCCAGCUACUAUGAUGCCUGAUGGUCAGUUAGCUUUCCUAUAAAUCUGAACCAGGACCAGGCCAGUGUCCAUUUCACUGGUACACUAUGUGGCUUCUUGUAAUCAGGGAACUUUGGUGGAAAUAAAAAGCCAUCAGACUCAUUAAAGAAGUUGAGAUGAUGCUAAAUUUCACUGAGCAGCUCUUCUCACUGUAAGUGGGAAGGUUUUUGUUUUUCUUCACUUGAACAUCUUUUUGUGUGUGAGACAGGGUUUCUCUGUGUAGCCCUGGCUAUCCUGGAACUAGCUCUUGUACACCAGGCUGGCCUUGAACUCACAGAGAUCCACCUGUCUCUGUGCUGGGAUUAAAGGCACGUGCCACCACCGCCCUGCACUGAGCAUCUUGAAUCAGUACUGUUGUUACUAUUCUUUAAAAAUACUCAAAAUUCUGUUUCCUUCUAGUGAAACAAAAACCAUUAAAUAUGAUCUGUGCUCUUGUUUUUCUAGACUAGAAUGGAAUGGCUUUCCUGAAACACACACACACACACACACAACAUUCAUUUCUCUGAAGCCAACAAGUCUGGUUUCCCCACCUAGUUCGGGUCUUUUUUAAAAACUCACUUGGCAUUCACAUGUGGCUGUUAAUAUGUGCUUAUUUUUUAAUUAAAGCAAGACUCAUUAAACUGGUGUGUGGUGUUCUUCAAACCUUCUCAACAGAUUUCUCCAUGGUGAUGGUCCCUCCGUGACCUGUUCCUGUCUUCUUGGCAUUUAAUCUACGCUACCUUCCACUGCCCACUCCCCUUGCAUGCCACUUUAAAUGCCCUUUCUCUUCAGCUAAUUUUGUGUUUUCUCUCUCUUUCUCUCUCCCUCUCCAGCUUUUUUUAACCUUGUCUUCAGCAGCUGUACUAAGUCUAAAGGAGAAGACUGCCGUUAUCGAAGAGUCAGUUAGGGCUCCAUAUUGUCUCAAGCAAGAACCCAACCAGUUCCCCUCCCCUGCACCUGUGCACAUAACACCACACUCGAGUGUACAUGUGUCCCUGUGUCCAGGCAAGAAGCUCUCUUCUGACUUACAUGGUGUUUUACAUGGAAGUGUCUUGUCCUAAACUCACAAGGCAGGAAAAGAAUCAUCAGAGCUGGAAUUGGACCAAAUGUAACCUCAGAGAGCCAACGACAGAACCACUCACCCAGGUGUUAAGUGAUUGGGGCAGGAGAUCUCAGCUGUGGGUGUGGAAUUGCUGUUCACAGGGUUUUGAGUUUUCUGUUUGUUUUUUAAAAACAACUCUCUGGGUCGAUGGGUUGACUGUGUUCAGCCACCAUCAGGCUGAUUCUGAAUAUGGACGAGAAAGUUGAGUGACAUUUGCAUCUUCAGCAUUUGCAGACCUUCUGUAGCCCCCAGCGAGGGGGAGGCAUGGAGCAUUAACAUUCUGCUGGAGAAAAACUGACUGACGGGGGUUUAAGCUUAGUGAGAACAAAGCUUCUCCACGCAAACUUCCGCGGGGCUUUGGGGGCUUUGCAAGAGGUUUCUGCUCAACUUGGUAUCUGGAAGGAGAGCUUUGAUGUUGGUAACUCUGCCUUCAAUUCAUUGGCUUUACUUAAUAUCCAAAAACCACGUGAGUGUGCUCCUUCCCACGUAGCCAUCCCACAAACACCAACACUCUGCUGUCUGUCUCUUGAGAGAGCCUCUUUGCAUGUUUUCCAGAAGCUGUGUUUGUUUUCCUUUCUUCUCUGUGGUUCUUUUGGCUCAAAGGUGUGACCAGUCACUGCCCUUCUGGGGCUUUCAUUUUCCACAAGAUACAUCCCAGAACCAGCACUGUUUAGCUCAUUAUCUUUCUAAUGUCCAUGUCUAUUUUCAAUAAAAUUCAAAGAAAUGUU